UGCUGGAGGUGGAGACAUCUGAUUUUUCUCUAAAAACUUCCUCCACUUUUAAUCUCAGAACAACAAGCUUGAAAUGGAGUCAAGUACAGUGGAAAAAGAAAGACAUGAACCUACAAAAGAGCCUCAAGAGAAUUCUGAAGCAGACGAGGAAAACAAUAAACCAGAGACAGAGCCGAAAAAGAAUGAUGGAGUAGAAGUGGGAAACAGUAAACAAACAACAAAGCUGAAAGACAAUGAUGGAGCAAUGGAAGAAAACCUGAAACCAAGAACAGAGCUGAAUGAGCAAGAUGGAGCAGAAGGAGAUAGUGAACCUGCAAGAGAGCCGAAAGAAAAUGAAGGAGCAGAAGAGGGAAAUGGUGAACCAGCAACAGACCUGAAAGAGAACAAUGGAGCAAAAGAGGGAGACAGUGAACCAGCAACAGAGCUCAAAGAAAACAGUGGAGCAAAAGAGGGAGACAAUGAACCAAUAACAGAGCUGAAAGCAAAUGAUGUAGCAGAAGAGGGAGAAAGAAAACAAGCAACAGAGCUGAAAGAAAAUGAUGGAGAAAAAGAAGGAGACAGCAAACCUACAGGCCUUAAAGAGAACAACGGCGUGAAGGAAGGCAACAGUGAACCAGCAACACAGCUGAAAGAGAAUGAUGGAGUAAAUGUAAACAGUGAACCAGCAAUACAGCUGAAAGAGAAUGAUGGAGUAAAUGUAAACAGUGAACCAGCAAUACAGCUGAAAGAGAAUGAUGGAGUAAAUGUAAACAGUGAACCAGCAACACAACUGAAAGAGAACAAUGGAGAAAAUGUAAACAGUGAACCAGCAACAGAGAUGAAAGAGAACAAUGGAGGAAAGGAAGGAGACAUUGAACUAUUAACAAAGCUGAAAGAGAAUGAUGUAGUAGAAGAGGGAGAAAGUGAACAAGCAACAGAGCUAAAAGAGAAUGACAGAGUGAAAGAAGACAACAGUGAAUCAGCAACAGAGCCAAAAGAGAAUGAUGGAGCAGAAGUGCAAGAUAGUAAACAAGCAAAAGAGCUGAAAGAAAAUUAUGGAGUGACAAAAGGAAACAGUGAACAAGCAACAGAGCUGAAAGAACAUAAUGGAGCAGAAGAGGGUGAGAGUGAAUCAGCAACAGAGCCAAACAAGAAGGACAGAGAAAAAGAGGGAGACAGUGAACUAACAACAGAGCUGAAAGAAAUUAAUGGAGCAGAAGAAUUAGAUAGUGAACCUGUAACAGAGCUCAAAAAGGAUGAUAAAGCAGAAGAAGAAGAAGAAGAAGAAAAUGAAAAGGCAGCACAGCUUACAGAGAAUGACAGAGCAAAGGAAGGAGAGAGUGAACCAUCAACAGAGGUAAAAGAGAAUGAUGGAACAGAAACGGGAGACAGUAAACAAACAACAGAGCUGAAAGAAGAUGAUGGAGUGACAAAACAAAACAGUGAACCAGCAACAGAUCUGAAAGAGAACAAAGAAGAAGUUAGAGAUAGUGAACCAGCAACAGAGCCAAAACAGAAGAAGAGAGCAAAAGAGGGAGUCAGUGAACUAACAAAAGAGCUGAAAGAAAUUAAUGGAGCCGAAGAAUUAGAUAGUGAUCCAGCAACAGAGAAUGAUAGAGCAGAAGAAGGAGAAAAUGAAAAGGCAGCACAGCUGAAAGAGAAUGACAGAGCAAAGGAGGGAGACAGUGAACCAGCAACAGAGCCGAAAGAGAAUGAUGACGCAGAAGAGGGAGACAAUAAAAAAGCAACAGAGCUGAAAGAGAAUGACAGAGCAAAGGAAGGAGAGCUGAAAGAGAAAGAUGGAGUGAAGGAAGACAACAGUGAACCGGUAACAGAGCUGAAAGAGAAUGAUGGAGCAAAGGAAGGAGACAGUGAACCAGCAAGAGAGCUGAAAGAAACCGGUGGAGCAGAAGAGGGAGACAGUGAAUCAGCAACAGAGCCAAAAGAGAACAAUGGAGUGAAGGAAGGAGACAUUGAAGAAACCUCAAAAGAGAAUGAUGGAGAAGAUGUGGGAAACAGUAAACAAGGAAACAGUGAACCAGUAACAGAGCUGAAAGAACACAAUGGAGCAGAAGAGGGUGAGAGUGAAUCAACAACAGAGCCAAACAAGAAGGACAGAGCAAAAGAGGGAGACAGUGAACUAACAACAGACCUGAAAGAAAUUAAUGGAGCAGAAGAAUUAGAUAGUGAACCUGUAACAGAGCUCAAAAAGGAUGAUAAAGCAGAAGAAGAAGAAGAAGAAAGUGAAAAGGCAGCACAGCUUAAAAAGAAUGACAGAGCAAAGGAAGGAGAGAGUGAACCAUCAACAGAGGUAAAAGAGAAUGAUGGAACAGAAACGGGAGACAGUAAACAAACAACAGAGCUGAAAGAAGAUGAUGGAGUGACAAAACAAAACAGUGAACCAGCAACAGAGCCAAAAGAAAAUGAUGGAACAGAAAUGGGAGGCAGUAAACAAGCUACAGAGCUGAAAGAAAACAAUAGAGCGACUGAAGAAAACAGUGAACCAGCCACAGAGCUAAAAGAGAAUGAUGGAGGGAAGGAAAAACACAGUGAUCCAACAAUAGAGCUGAAAGAGAACAAUGGAGCAAAGGAAAGACAAAAUGUGCCAGAAAUAGAGCUGAAAGAGAAUGAGGGAAACAGUAAACAAGCAGCAGAGAUGAAAGAAAAUGAUGAAGUGACAAAACAAAACAGUGAACCAGCAACAGACCUGAAAGAAAACAAUGAAGUGAAGGAAGAGCCGAAAGGGAAUGAUGGGACCGAAGAGGGAGAAAAUAAAAAAACAACAGAACAGAAAGAGAAUGAUGGAGUGAAGGAAAGACACAGUCAGCAAGCAAUAGAGCUGAAAGAGAAUGAGAGAGCAAAAGUGGGAGACAGUAAACAAGUAGCAGAGCUUGAAGAAAACAAUGAAGCAGAAGCAGAUAGUAAAAUAGCAGCAGAGCUGAAAGAGAAUGAUGGAGCAGAAGUAGAAGACAGUAACCAAGCAACUGAACUGAAAGAAAUCAAUGGAGCGACAGAAGGAAACAGCGAACCAGCAACAGAGACAAAAGAGAAUGAUGAAGCAGAAGAGGGAGACAAUAAAAAAGCAAUAGAGUUGAAAGAGAAUGAUGAAGUGAAGAAAGACAAGAGUGAACCAGCAACAAAGCUCAAAGACAAUGAUGAAGCAGAAGAGGGAGACAGUAAAAAAGCAACAGAGCUGAAAGAGAACGACAGAGCAAAGGAGGGAGACAGUGAAUCAGCAACAGAACUGAAAGAAAAUGAUGGAGAGAAGGAAAGACACAGUGAUCCAGCAAAGGAAGAGGGAGAUAGUGAGCCAUCAGCAGAGCUGAGAGAGAAUGUUGGAAUAGAAGAGGAUGACAGUAAAAAAGCAACAGAGCUGAAAGAGAAAGAUGAAGUGAAGAAAGACAAGAGUGAACCAGCAACAAAGCUCAAAGACAAUGAUGAAGCAGAAGAGGGAGACAGUAAAAAAGCAACAGAGCUGAAAGAGAACGACAGAGCAAAGGAGGGAGACAGUGAAUCAGCAACAGAACUGAAAGAAAAUGAUGGAGAGAAGGAAAGACACAGUGAUCCAGCAACAGAGCUGAAAGAGAACGAUGGAGUGAAGGAAAGACACAGUGAUCCAGCAAUAGAGCUGAAAGAGAACGAUGGAGUGAAGGAAAGACACAGUGAUCCAGCAAUAGAGCUGAAAGAGAAUGAUGGAGUGAAGGAAAAACACAGUGAUCCAACAAUAGAGCUGAAAGAGAAUGAUGGAGUGAAGGAAAGACACAGUGAUCCAACAAUAGAGCUGAAAGAGAAUGAUGGAGUGAAGGAAAGACACAGUGAUCCAGCAAUAGAGCUGAAAAAGAACGAUGGAGUGAAGGAAAGACACAGUGAUCUAACAAUACAGCUGAAAGAGAACGAUGGAGUGAAGGAAAGACACAGUGAUCCAACAAUAGAGCUGAAAGAGAACGAUAGAGUGAAGGAAAGACACAGUGAUCCAGCAAUAGAGCUGAAAGAGAACGAUGGAGUGAAGGAAAGACACAGUGAUCCAGCAAUAGAGCUGAAAGAGAAUGAUGGAGUGAAGGAAAGACACAGUGAUCCAGCAAUAGAGCUGAAAGAGAAUGAGGGAAAUAGUAAACAAGUAGCAGAGAUGAAAGAAAAAAAUGAUGAAGUGACAAAACAAAACAGUGAACCAGCAACAGACCUGAAAGAAAACAACGAAGUGAAGGAAGAAUACGUUGAACCAGUAACAGAGCUGAAAGGGAAUGAUGGAGCCGAAGAGGGAGAAAAUAAAAAAACAACAGAACAGAAAGAGAAUGAUGGAGUGAAGGAAAGACACAGUGAUCCAGCAAUAGAGCUGAAAGAGAAAGAGAACAAUGGAGUGAAGGGAAGACACAGUGAUCCAACAAUAGAGCUGAAAGAGAACGAUGGAGUGAAGGAAAGACACAGUGAUCCAGCAAUAGAGCUGAAAGAGAACGAUGGAGUGAAGGAAAGACACAGUGAUCCAACAAUACAGCUGAAAGAGAAUGAUGGAGUGAAGGAAAGACACAGUGAUCCAGCAAUAGAGCUGAAAGAGAACGAUGGAGUGAAGGAAAGACACAGUGAUCCAACAAUACAGCUGAAAGAGAACGAUGCAGUGAAGGAAAGACACAGUGAUCCAACAAUAGAGCUGAAAGAGAACGAUGGAGUGAAGGAAAGACACAGUGAUCCAACAAUAGAGCUGAAAGAGAAUGAUGGAGUGAAGGAAAGACACAGUGAUCCAACAAUAGAGCUGAAAGAGAAUGAUGGAGUGAAGGAAAAACACAGUGAUCCAGCAAUAGAGCUGAAAGAGAAUGAGGGAAAUAGUAAACAAGCAGCAGAGAUGAAAGAAAAAAAUGAUGAAGUGACAAAACAAAACAGUGAACCAGCAACAGACCUGAAAGAAAACAACGAAGUGAAGGAAGAAUACAUUGAACCAGUAACAGAGCCGAAAGGGAAUGAUGGAGCCGAAGAGGGAGAAAAUAAAAAAACAACAGAACAGAAAGAGAAUGAUGGAGUGAGGGAAAGACACAGUGAUCCAGCAAUAGAGCUGAAAGAGAAUGAAAGAGCAAAAGUGGGAGACAGUAAACAAGUAGCAGAGCUUAAAGAAAACAAUGAAAUAGAAGCAGAUAGUAAAACAGCAGCAGAGCUGAAAGAGAAUGAUGGAGCAGAAGUAGGAGACAGUAACCAAGCAACUGAACUGAAAGAAAUCAAUGGAGCGACAGAAGGAAACAGUGAACCAGCAACAGAGACAAAAGAGAAUGAUGAAGCAGAAGAGGGAGAUAAUAAAAAAGCAACAGAGCUGAAAGAGAAAGAUAGAGUGAAGGAAGACAACAGUGAACCAGCAACAGAGCUGAAAGAGAAUGAUGGAACAAAGGAAGGAGACAGUGAACCAGCAAGAGAGCUGAAAGAAACUGGUGGAGCAGAAGAGGGAGACAGUGGAUCAGCAACAGAGCCAAAAGAAAACAUUGGAGUGAAGGAAGGAGACAUUGAAGAAACGUCACAGCCAAAAGAGAAUGAUGGAGAAGAUGUGGGAGACGGUAAACAAGCUACAGAGCUGAAUGGAAACAAUGUAGUGACAGAAGGAAACAGUGAACCAGCAACAGAGCUGAGAGAGAACACUGGAGCAGAAGAAGAUAAUGACCUAGCAACAGCGCUGAAAGAAAAUGAUGGAGCGAAGGAAGUAAAAGUAUUUCAGAGGCUUAACUUGGUUCUGUGUGGGAGUGAUGGAGCAGUGAAGUCCUCCAUAUCAGAUCUCAUACUGGGUCAGAGAGAGCUCAGUCCAGAGUCCAGCUCAGUGUGCGUGAGGAGGGAGGGAGAAGUGUGUGGACGUCUGGUCACUCUGGUGGAGAUGCCAGCUCUCUACAACACUCAGCUCUCAGAGGAGGAAGUGAUGCAGGAGACUCUCCGCUGUGUUUCUCUCUGUGAUCCUGGAGUUCAUGCUUUUCUCUUCAUCGUUCCUGAGGGUCCCCUCUCUGAUGAAGACAAAAAAGAAAUAGAGAAGAUCCAUAGAAUCUUUGGCUCCGGAGUCUUUAGCAUGGUAGUCCUCACUAAAGGGUCUCAGCAGAAGGCAGUAAAGUUAGAUGAUGCCAUCAAAAAUAUUAACAAAACUUACAAAGGACAUAUUUGUGUUCUGGAUACCAGUGAAAGGUCAGUGCUUUUACAGCAGAUUGAGCAGAGGUUGGUACAAAACAGUACUAGCUACUACACAAUAGCCAUGUCAUUGCACCUGGAUGCACAGGUGGAAACACUGAAAUCUCUAAAGUCAGAGAUUGAAGAACUGAAGAAAACAAUCAAAUGUCUUGAAGAUGAAAAUAAGAAUAAGAUACAAGGUAAGUAA